CGUUUUGAUAGUAUCGUCGUCGCCGUCGUCGUGAAACGUUAUCUAUUGGAUUCUACAAACAUGAAUUACUACAUUUCUCGCGAAACGGCGUGCAUAAGUCGCGACAAUAAACAACGUUCGACGCCUCAUAUACUGGGGAGGAGGUUUGCCCUCACAUCCACGGCAUACAAGUAUCUGGAUAUUAGAAUCGUCGUAGGACCUGUGUCCGCUGUGGAAAUUAUUCUUGGCGAUACUCGAGGAAAUGCGUUGUUGUUGCCACACUCGACAUGGACGACAUUGAUCCAGAAACGCGAGGAUAUCGAACAACAUGUACAAUCAGCUCCUUCUCCAACGUCAUUAACAAUUUGUGAUUUGGUGCUUACGGUUGUUACAAUGCGUGGCAUGAACCUUGUGCAAAUGAAAUUGUAUGAUGCCUGCAUGUAUAUGAAACCAUCGACUCUAUUAUUUUUAUUCGAACUGGAACAGUGUGUCGAGCACGCGUAUUCGUGGCUGUGUCAAAAUACGCACUAUGUCAGCGAGAAAUAUAAACAAUUUGUAACUAUAUUAAAACGGAACAGUAUUGCGCAUAAACAUGAGGCCGUCAAAAUCCUUCGUGAAUAUUAUGAUAAAAAUUCUCCUGCGGAUUGCGAGCUGUUGACAUUUGCAGUGGAUAAUAUGUUAUACGAUGCUAUUAAUAAUUAAAUAAAAAAUAUAUCUAAUUUUGUAAUUACAUAAUUUAU